AUGCUUGUUUUUUUAUCAUCAAAACACAACCCAAAUCCCUUUUUCAGGGAUCGUGAUCGGAAGCAAAGUGGAGAAGUGGCAGAGAAUCAUGCUCUUCUUCCACUAAGAGGAUGGAACUCAUACGAUUCCUUCUGCUGGACAAUCUCAGAACAAGACUUCUUACAAAGUGCCGUGAUUGUCUCUCGCCGUCUCCUCCCUCAUGGAUACGAGUGGUGCAUUACCUCUGGGCUCUGGUAUAGAAGAACGACACUAGGAGCUUCCACAAACUCCCGUGGCUUCGAUGUGAUCGACGAAUGGGGGAGAGUAACCCCUGAUCCAGAUCGGUGGCCUUCAUCGAAAGGCGGCAAAGGAUUCGGUGAAGUGGCCAAGAGGGUUCACUCCAUGGGACUCAAGUUUGGGAUUCAUAUCAUGAGAGGGAUAAGCGUUCAAGCUUAUGAUGCAAACUCUCUUAUCUUGGACAUUGUAGUGGGGUCUGCUUAUGAAGAAGAUGGUCGGCAAUGGAGGGCACAUGAUGUAGGGAUGAAUGAGAAGGUAUGCGGAUGGAUGCCGGAAGGUUUCAUGAGUGUAAACACUAGCUUGGGAGCUGGUAAGGCUUUCUUGAAGUCGAUCCAUCAUCAGUAUAUAGAAUGGGGUGUUGACUUCAUUAAACAUGAUUGUGUCUUCGGGAGUGACUUGAGUGUGGAUGAGAUCACCAUUGUAUCCCAGAUGAUGAAAGAGGCUGAUCAUCCCAUUACAUAUUCUCUUUCUCCUGGGACCUCGGCGACACCAUCUAUGGCCAAGCAGGUCAGCGGAUUGGCCAACAUGUACCGAAUAACCAUCGACGAUUGGGACAGUUGGAGAGAUGUAGCAUCCCAUUUGAACAUCACAAGGGACUUUGCUGAUGCUGAGAUGAUUGGUGGCUCUGGCUUGCUUGGCAAGUCAUGGACUGACUUGGACAUGUUGCCCUUGGGAUAG